AUGCUCAGAGGCCCGGGACCAUCGGGCGUAAGGACGAGAACGAGCGGCGCAUUCAGCACCAAAGCCGACUGCCAAUGCAGCCGAUUCGGGCAGCGCAGGUCAGACCUCUUGAACGAGAGCCGAAUAGCACGAUCCAGCGCAACCCAGAGCACGAACCCGGAGAGCUCCAAAGACAAAGUUCUUCUUCUCGCCGCGGACUUCCCAGAUGGACAUGUCGGGUUCAUGGCGCAGCGUCAUGACAUAGUUGACAAUUUGACGGAGAUGCCGCCACCAAGCAUGCGACACCAAUCUGGCGAAUCUGCGGUGGGCAUAGAUACUGUCCAGCCGCACAUGGAAUGUAUCCAGCUGCACCCGUCAUGUUUCUUGCUCUUAGUCAUGAAGCUCUGGCUACAGGAGAAGAAACCCAGCACCUCACCGGGCCCAUCUCAUCAAAGCCAAUUUGUAUUAAGGAUUUUGGUGUGGGGAAGAUCCUUCUGCUUGCUGAUGGCGCUGGUCGAGCGCGGCAGCGAUGGAAAGGUGCCCGUGCCCGCCCUCGUCUUAAUCCAGCAGUCCAGAAAAUAG